UUAAUCUCAGAAUUUUGGAUCUUAAUGCAGAUGCGCACCAUGCAGGAAGAGAUGUGGCAGCACUAAGCUUCAUUGCCAAAGAUACAAGUAGUUUGGGACGGCCUGGUGGAAAAUGACGGAAUUAGGUGACUUUUUACGUGCCAGAGGAGUCCCCGAUGAUGCCAUUUCAUUAAUGGAAGAGCAGAAGAUCGACUGUGAUGUCAUAGCGCUGAUGGAUGAUGCAACUCUGGCAAAUUACAUCCCCUCCUAUGGAGACCGAAUUGUCCUCUUCAAUUUCUGCAGGAGCAAACAACAACCCUCAAAAAGAAAACAAGGACUUCUGCAGAACCUCUGAAAGUGAAAGUCCUUGUUCCUAAGAUGUCAGAUUUGGAUGAGCUAGUCAGACUGUACUUCAGGCUUUCCUUCAGUAACAAAGAAAUACUUGCAAUAUUAGCACACAGUUAUCAGACUGUAAUAAGCAUUCGAACUUUAAAGAGAAUUUGUAAAAGACUUGGGCUGUUCAGAAGGAAGAAUCAGUCAAGCCUGGAAGAAGUGUUAGCUUUUAUCCAACAACAAAUUAUGACCAAUGGACAGAUGCAAGGAUAUCGUUGGCUACAUCUUCGUGCUGUUCAAUAUGGAUUUGUGGUGUCACAAGACACUGUAAGAAGGAUAAUCAAACUGGUUGACCCACAAGGUGUGGAACUGAGACGAGCUCGACGGUUAAGAAGACGUCAGUACAACUGCAGAGGACCAAAUGCUCUUUGGCACAUGGAUGGUUACGAUAAGCUAAAACCCUAUGGCAUUGCUAUCAGUGGCUGUAUAGAUGGUUUUAGCCGCUAUGUUUUAUGGAUGGAGGCUUAUACCACAAACAAUGAUCCUAAAUUGAUUGCAAGUUAUUUUCUGAAAACAGUUUCUUUUGCCAAUGGAUGUCCAGAGAGGAUCCGUGCUGACAGAGGCACAGAAAACAGUUCUGUUGAACAAAUGCAGAUUUUUCUGCGGAGAAACCACGCAGACAAUUUUGCAGGAGAAAAAAGUUUCAUUUAUGGAAGAAGUACAGCCAACCAGCGUAUAGAAGGCUGGUGGGCUACCCUCCGCAAACAGAGUGCACAGUUUUGGAUUAGCUUAUUUCAAACUUUCCAGGAUGAUGGUCACUUCACAGGAGAUUUUUUGGACAAAAGUCUUCUCCAAUUCUGCUUUCUUAAUCUUAUUCAGGAUGAACUUGAUGACGUUGUGAACACAUGGAACUCACACAAAAUCCGGCCAAGUGCUAGUGCAACAUCAGGUCGACCAGUAGUGAUGUACUCAUUUCCAGAGCUGCACAGGGCAGAGGAUAGACUGAAACCAGUUGUCACAGAUGAGAUCAUUGUGUGUUCUGAGGAGUGUACGCCAAAAGGCCAAUAUCCCUGUGAUGAAACCGUCUUUGAACUUUGUUGUCUGCUCAUGGCAGAAAAUGACUGGGAUGCCCCAAGAGAUCCACUUGUUGCAGCAGAUUUGUAUAUGAGAUUAAGAGAAGAAAUACUCCAAAUUAUCUAGGAAGUGCUCGCAAUAAAAGGAAAAAUUUAAGCACAGUGUUUCUGUUUCUGUUGAUAAUUUCACUGAAUAGCCAAGCCAUGUCUUACAGGUACCCAAUACACAUGCAUUCAUGCAUUGUAGCAAGCAAAGGAUAUUUUGGGUGAAAUCAAAUCCAUUUUUUGUAUUCUGUCCAAAUAUUGUGUUUUUUUUUUUUACUGAUUUAUUUGUAAAUUCUGAUUUUCAAUACAGUCUGAGUUAUGCUUAAGUCAGUGAUCACAAUAAAAAGCAGUUUAUGUGA